UUAAUAUUUAGGAAGUCUAUAAAAUAAGAUUUAACAAGUUAAUCCUCUUCCCGCGCACACGAGAGAUUCCAGUCCGUCCACGUAUUGACCAAAGAUCCCUUUGUUCAUUCCAUCCCAUCCCAUCCAGAGAAACAGAAGGACUCCCACUUCUAAAAGGCUCGGUCGUCUCUCGUCAACACAGAGCCGUCAUUCAGCACCGCUGACGCAGCUCUUUUACGGGGAUAGGGAGAAAUCAAACAGGAGCAAUUGGAACCCGAAUACAGGCUGAACCUCUCUGCAUCAGUUAGUUCAUGAAGAGGAUAGUCGCAACGACCUUGACAGCUGCCUGGAGAAGGAUUACGUCUAAGCCAUAUUCGACCCUAUCAGGUUUCACACCAGUCGCAACCGCUCACGGUUGCUACUAUUCGCCAAAAACAAUUGUCAGGACAGGAAUAGCAGCCGGUUCAGGUACCUUAUCCAGCAUGGCCCGAGGCACAUCCGACAGUCCAAAGGAACAAGCGAGCGAAGUGUACAUGGCCUUUGAAGACUCUGAUUCCGAGUCUGAUAUCGAAAUCGAUCUUGUCACCAAGCCAGCCAAAAAAGUCCAGCCCAAGGUCCCGAAGCAUUUUCGAAAGAGCAACGCCCAGGUCUACGACAACAUCUCGGUCUAUGCCCCACCGGACUCGAACCUGAUCUUCCGCUGUUCACAAAAGCGUGCUAACUGGUACCUGAGCCGCGAUCUCGCGCGUUCGCUCUCACCGACCUCCAUCCACCUCAACUUUGCACCGGCAGGACAAGGACGCGUUAAUGAUCCGUAUCAUCUGGAAGAGCGGGAGAACAAGUGCGUUAUCUGUGGAGAGGAGACGGCCCAGGUGGGUGCGACGAUGCUACAUGUCGUACCGGAGCAGUACCGGAAAUGGUUCCCGAUCAGACUGAAGAGCCAUUCCAGUCACGAUAUCGUUGUGGCAUGUCCAGAGUGCAAUGCGCACUGGGAUCGGGAGGCUGCUAUUGUCAGGAAGAAGAUUGUGAAGCUGUACAAUAUACCUCUGGAGGGAAUUGGAUGGAUAAAGGAUCACGACGCUGGAGUGGCAAAACGGUCUGCAGGCGCCGUCAUCACCGAUUGGAACCGGCAAUGGAAUGAAUACCGCGAACAGCAAUCGAUGGCGGCAGAUGUCAAAAAUAUAUCGAUACCGACUCAGGAGGCGAUCGAGGAAAGCACACAGACAGAGUCGUCGGCCACUCAACUAGCGGAUCUCGACACGAAACCGAAAAGGAAAAUGAAAGCCAAGAAGCAGAAUGUGAUACCACCGGAUCGACUCAAGGUUUUGGAAAAGAGUGUCUACGACUGGUGGAUCAGCACCCAAAAGGAAGUAUUUCACAACACGAGGGAGUCACCAGCGCUGAAAAGGGACUUGACAACCGAUGAUGAUGAAGGCAGCAGGAAAAAAAUAAAGCCAGAGGUCGACACGGGGAUGGAUGCAAGUCCUGGGACGACAAUACCGGUAACACCUCCCAGGACAGAAGCAUCAAACUCAGAAACACCCAAGAAAUCCAAGGACGCAUCAUCAUCUAUAGAUGUCCCAAUGCCUCCACCAGGACAUUCAACGCAACUGGACAGGACGAUGCUGGAGGCGGCAUUAUCUGCUCAAGCAAGUUACAGAGGACCGGACUACAUGGAGCAUGGCCAAUUGGUUGUAGCACGGAUAAUGGCGUCCUCUCUCGAAUAUUACGAUGAUGCGGACGAAUCUCAAGGAACGAUCCAGGCAUGGAAGGACGCGGUCCCAUUGGUCCCAGCUCCUGAGGGCUGGAGGAAUGUGGGCGAGUUUAUUCGGACAUGGAGAUGGGAGUUCUUGCAGAGGAUUCAGCCCAAACAUCUCAGCGCAGAGUGGAAAGUAGAGAAUCCUGUUUGAAAAAAAUGAAAAGGAAAAAGUAAAGCAAUAACUAACUACCAGUGUUUCGUCUUUGCUACCAUAAAUCAAAGCUUAACGACAUACCAACAACGAGUUCUCUGUGUGCGCAUGUCGUGACGGAUCAAGUCUAAAGAGUACUAUUUUUUUUUCUUUCUUUUUAAAGGACGAACAUAAUCCCUGGUGCUGAGAAGCCUUCAGCGUCAGAACCGGUG